UAACUAUACUCAUCCAGAAAUACCUGCUCAUGAGUGGCUGGUGGCAGUGUGGCUUUUUAAAAAUGCUUCUAGAAAAUGAGCACCAGAAACAAAUUUUACUUUUUUAAACCUAAGAGGUACCUGCAUUUUCUAGAUACAAUUUUCAGAAAGAGGGAAAGUAACCAGUUUGCACACUGUGUGCCUGGAAGUUUGCUGGUUACUUUCAGAUCUGUUCUUCUCAGCCCUCACAGAUGCCCCCAUGUUACAGGAAAUGUUGUUACCAAUUUACAGGUAAGGAAAUAGUCUUAGAAGAGUUAAGUAGUUUGCCCAUAGGAAGUAGCGUGGCUAAGAUACAAAGAAAAUACAUGUACCUUUUACUUGAUGCUUUCCCUCUAAAACAUAUAAUUUGGUGGUUGUUUUCCUAUAUUCAUUUUCUAGAGUGAAAAAUUUCAUGUAAUCACCAGUAAAGUACCACUUAUGAAAUUAGUAAUAUAUAUUGUACGGAUUAUUUUUCUUCUAAAAGCUCAAUGUGUUCAAAAUAUAAUUUACCUUCUUUGCCCUAAAAAUGACUCCUUCGGUGAAUGGUACCAGUAUUUUUGCAGUCUCCCAGAUUUAAACUCUUACCAUAAUUUACUCCUUCCUUUGUCUCCCUCACCCCUCUCUGCCUCAUACCCAUGAGUUGCCAUGACUUAACAUUUCUAAUUAGGUAAUAAUCUCUUAUAUCCAUUUGUUUUUGUCCGUUUCUGUUUCUUUUACCUAUGUAAGUCCCACAUUCUCCCUCCCUCUUGAAUCACUGCAGUGGAAUACUAACCAGAUUUGACAAUGUUAAUCCUUUCCCUGCUCCAGGCCAUCUUAGAACUAUUGCCGUAUUAUCUUUGUAAGCAUAGUUCUCACGUUUAACCUCCCUCAAAGGAUCACGUUAUUGACCGUGGUCAAGCAUUUAUAGCUCUAGAUCGUUUAACCCUGAACUCAUCCUUGCCUCAUCUCCUGUCUUACCUCUUCAUGUACCUUUCAUGUCAAGAUACAUCAUACUCUUUCUGGAAUGCCCUGCCCUUUCUCUGAUUGAUCAAAUCCGAACCACUCUUCGGUAGCUAAUUAAGACACAACUUCUUCCAUGUAGCCUCUCCUGGUAAAGAUUCCCACUAAAAGUAAUCUCACCCUCUCCUGAACUCCAUGACUCUUAAAUCUCUACCUCUUUUGGGGUCCCUAUGGCUUCCUCUGUGUAGUGGUUUUUAUUUUCAUAGUGUGAUGUGCAUGUGUCUCCCUACCAGAUUAUUAGUUUACAAAGAACUGAGAGCUGAGGCUUACUCAUUUCCAUAGGGCCUAUCCUAGUGCUUUGCAUAUAGGAGGCCUUCAUUAAAUAUCCACUGAUUGAUUGAAUAAAUCUUAAAACCGGUAAAUGAUACAGUAUUUUGUCAUGUAUAGGAUGAAGGUGACCAAGCAGCAAGUGUUGAAGAGCUAGAAAAACAGAUUGAAAAGCUGAGUAAACAACAGAGUCAGUACAGAAGGGAGCUCUUUGAUGCGUCUCACUCUUUACGUUCGAUGAUGUUUGGCCAGGAUCGUUACAGACGUCGGUAUUGGAUUUUUCCCCAGUGUGGGGGGAUUUUUGUAGAAGGCAUGGAGAGCGCUGCAGGGCUGAAAGAAAUUGCAAAAGAAAGAAAAAAACUAAAAAAAGCAGAAAGCAUCCAGACCAAAGAAAUAUUUGAUACUUCUGACGACCCUUUAAAUUGUUCAAAUCCGGAUCAUUGUGAGCAAAAGGAAGAUCCUAACGAAAAAGAUAACACAAAUCUAAUUCUUCAGAAUCCUGGCUCUUUUUCCAAAUUAAGCAAGCUUUUAGAAGUAGCUAAGGUGCCUCCUGAGUCAGAUGUAACGACCCCCAAACCAAAGAGCGGUGCAGAUGGGUGCGCACUGCCUCACAAGAACCGUGGGAGACACUCACCGGGCAGCAUGCAGCCAACGGUGACACAGAACAGCGUGGAAGAGACAGACUCGAAUCUGGUCAGUACCGGUUCAGGUGGUGCAGGCAAGGUCUACAGUCCUCUCCCCAGGGACCAGUUGUUACUGCCAAGAACACCUUGGGAGGACACUUCCCUUACCCAAGCCGAUGCGCCAGCUGCUUCUUCACCAACUCCUCGGGCCCAGCCGCCCUCUAAGUCACCUGCAGCUCUUGAAGUAGCCAAACCAGUAGAUUAUCCUAGUCCAAAGCCUAUUCCAGAAGAAAUGCAGUUUGGCUGGUGGAGAAUUACUGACCCAGAGGAUUUAAAAGCUUUGCUCAAAGUGCUACAUCCCAGAGGCAUAAGAGAAAAGGCAUUACAAAAACAAAUUCAGAAACACCUGGAUUACAUCACUCAAGCCUGCAUCGAGAAUAAGGAUGUUACCAUUAUUGAAUUAAAUGAAAAUGAAGAAAACCAGGUAACUCGAGAUAUUGUGGAGAACUGGUCAGUAGAAGAACAAGCAAUGGAAGUGGAUUUGAGGAUUCUUCAACAGGUAGAAGAUCUGGAAAGGAGAGUCGCAUCAGCAAGUUUGCAAGUAAAGGGUUGGAUGUGUCCAGAACCGGCAUCAGAAAGGGAGGACUUGGUCUAUUUUGAACAUAAGUCAUUUUCUAACUUGUGCAAGGAGCACGAUGGAGAAUUUACUGGCGAAGAAGAAAGCAGUGCGCAUGCACUAGAGCGGAAGAGUGACAACCCCCUAGAUAUAGCUGUAACCAGGCUCUCUGAGUUGGAGCGAAACAUUGAAAGAAGGUAUCUGAAGAGCCCCUUAAGUACCACCAUUCAGAUCAAACUGGAUAAUGUGGGCACAGUUACUGUCCCUGCUCCUGCACCAUCCAUUAGUGGUGAUGAUGACAGAAUUGAAGAGGACAUUGUUCCCGGUCUCAGGGUAUGGCGAUGGGCAUUAUCAGAAGCUCGCAGUGCUGCACAGGUGGCUCUGUGCAUUCAGCAGUUACAGAAAUCCAUAGCAUGGGAAAAAUCAAUUAUGAAAGCUGCAAGUUCACUGAAAAGGGGCCACAAAGACAGAAAAAGGAAAACAGAGGAAAACACCUGCAGUACUGGAGUAAAACAAGAAAGCUGUACUCGUGGAAAGAAACUGAAACAGGACAACUCUGACCUGACUCUUGGCAGUACAAGCCCUACUAAAAUGCAAACUCGUCUCAAUAAAGACAUGAAAAAAAGAAAAAUAGAGGAAAACACCUUUAGUAACUUACCAAACCAGGAAAGCUUUAAUUCUGUAAAGAAAAUGAAGCAAGACCACUCCGACCUGACUUCUUCCAGUACCCUUACUGAAAUGGACAGUCAUGAAGAUGCACGGCCUUUUGUAGAACUGCCGGAGCGCAGCACACGGAGUUGUCUGCGUUUCCGCCUCAGGGAUGGAAGACACGUUGUUAUUCAAAGUGCGUAAGCAGCUUUAUAAUAACGUGUGGUAUCUGGGGGUCUCAUCAACAAGAAAUAAAGUGGUUAAACACACACACGGAACAGUCUUUCAAGAAUGAU